AUGGCCUCAGCUUCUUCCACCUUCAAAUUCUUAUCACUGCUAGCAGCCUUAUGUGCUGUCGCUGAAAUGGCAAUCUCUGGAGACCCGGAUAUUCUUUCUGAUUUUGUAGCCCCACUAAACUUAACCACAGUUGAUGGAGCAUUCUUCACAUUCACUGGCAUGCGUGCCCUUGUUGGUGCACCACCGGCUUCAGCUUUCAAGGUCUCCAAAGCAAGCGCAGCUGAAUUCCCGGCUCUUAUCGGUCAAAGUGUCUCGUAUGCAGUCCUUCAAUUCCCGGCCGGCACUACUAAUCCGCCUCACACUCAUCCUCGCUCAGCUGAGCUUCUCUUCCUUGUUGAUGGUUCUCUUCAAGUAGGGUUCGUUGACACGGCCAACAAGCUCUUCACCCAGACUCUACAGUCUGGUGACAUGUUCAUCUUCCCUAAGGGUCUUGUCCACUUCCAAUACAACGCGGAUUCUCAGAAUUCAGCUCUCGCAAUCUCUGCUUUCGGAAGUGCUAGUGCAGGGACCGUAUCACUUCCUACCACCCUUUUCGCCACCAGCAUUGACGAUAACAUCUUGGCCAAGGCUUUCAAGACUGAUGUUGCCACUGUUCAAGCUCUCAAGGCUGGUCUUAAACCUUGA